GCGGCGUCGCGUCGCCAUGAAGGUGCAUGGUGGGAAAUCGGCUGGGUUCGUCACGAUGAACGUGGACAAGAACGCUUGUGUGAAGCUCGCGAGCAUCAGCGAUUUCUUCAAGAAUUCGGAUUGCCAGAUAAUGUGCCUACAAGAGGUCGACAUCAAUGUGGCGAGCGGGUCCUCUUGGAUUGCGGCUUGGCGGUCUAAGGGGCUCCAUGCAUUUUUGGGUACAGUUGGGGACCAGGCAAUGUACAGGACGUCGCUUGUGUCUUCUUUUCCGGGUCGCCUCGUCCAACUUGACGUGACCGACCCCAGCAGGGUGACGGCGGUUGUCUUUGAGUUCGUCUCCGGUGGAGGGUACGAAAAGGUGAUCGUCGUGAGUUUGUACAACUACUUUUCGGAUAAGGAGGCGGCUGCUGUUUUCUUGGAGGAGACGGUGGCUGCCCUGGAGGCCAUCGGCAUGAAAUGGAUCAUCCUCGGCGACUUCAACCUCACGGCUGAUGAUCCGCCCCUGGCUCGGAGGCUAGCGGCCGGGCUUUGCAGGCUCCUGGACGAGCCGUUCUUGGCGCAGGGCCCUCUCCCUGGGACGGCCGGCGGUGUUCGUCGAAUUGACUUUGGCGUCAGUUCUCGUGGGGUGCUGGCGGAGAGCGUGUGGCAUGAGCAGGGCAUCGCCAACCACACGGCGGUGGCCUACUCCUUCGGCUUUGUGACCCCUGGCAGCUUCUCCUCACCGAUGCGGGCACCUUUGUCGAUGGGUGACUACUGCCACAUGGAUGGGUGCCUGGGGCGCGGAGGCCUUUCAGGGUCUUCUCUUGGGCAACGACCUGGACGGUGCGUGGAGGCUCCUUUCGGACACUGCCGAGCGGGUCUUGAGUCCUGGGAAUGGUCGUGGCCGUGGUCUGCGGCGCUCGGCUCCUUGGAGCUCUUCGAAGCAAGGCGGCCUCGGCCUUUGAGCCUCUCCCUUUGGUUCGGCUCCGGCGCUUUGGUCGUCGUUUGGGGCAGCUGGCUCGACACCCUGGCGACCGGCAGCUCCGUGACAUCGUUGAUCGUGACCUCGAGUUCCUCGAUGGACACUACGGAUGGCUCGCCGAGCUUCCCCUUCUCGGCAUUGAGCGUCAUGUGCAGUGGGUGGGCGACCAGAUCGAGGUGGAGGCUAAGGCUGUUCGUGAAGCUGGGUUUCUCGGCGUGGAUUAAGCGCCGCGCUGCUAUGAGGACGGGGCCUGUGUGCCCUCCUGUGGUCUCUGGCUCUAUCGCUCGCACUGCGAUCCAUCCGAGGUCCGUCAUCGAGGCGGCUGAGCAGGAGUGGGUGGCACGAUGGACUAUGGGCCGUGUGGAUGACGUCUCGGUGGCCAACCUUCUCCAGCGGCUACCCCCGGUGCCGGCGGUCACUACGGUCGUGCAGUUUACCGCGGAUAAGCUUCGCAGGGUAUGUGCUCGCAUGCGGCACAAAUCCCCUGGACCGGACGACUGGACGGCCAGUCACUUCUUGGCUCUCCCCGACCCGUUUUGGGAGGCGUUGGCUCAGCUUUGGCAAUGCUGCUACCAGUGUGCCGUCGUUCCCCAACGAUGGCGUGAGGCCAAGGUCAGCUUGGUCCCGAAGGCGAGCGGGGGGCACCGACCCAUUGCGGUGCUGGCACUGGCUUACCGCAUCGGCGCAUCCGUUCUCGCUCGCGAGCUCCGGCCGUGGACUGAGCAGUGGACUGGGCUUAGAAUCAUGGGCGGCUUUCACCAGAGCUCGUGCCGAGACGUUUUCCUCCGGGUCAUCCACGCCAGUGAAGACCCUCGGGUGGCUUUCAUCGGCGAGGACAUCAGCAAGUACUUCGACUCGCUGCUGGCCCCGCACGUGCGAUUGGUGUUGCAACAUCUGCAGGCUCCACCUCCCUUCGUGGAUUUCGUGUGCAGCGUCAUGGCAGAGCAGUGGCGAGUCUUCACUUCUGGUGGACUUUUUGGCGAGGCCUGGCACACCAAGGGCGCUGCUCAGGGAGAUCCGCUCUCCCCUUUAGUCGCCGGGGCGGUCAUGUACGUGUGGACGACCUGGGUCGCGCGUGACAACACCGAAGCCGUGUCCUUUGUGGACGACCGCAGCUUCUGGAGCCCGAGCUCGGCGGCGCUUCGCGCGGCCAAGCAGCGCAGUGCGGAGGUGGAUGAGGCCUUUGGUUUCAGCUGUGACGCGCGCAAGUGCCAGCUUGCUGCCGGGCCUUCUGGUGAUGGGGCCGCCUUGGCCGCUUCCUUUGGCUACGUCCUCAAGGACCACUUCGAGUUGCUUGGUGUCCGCGUCCCGGUUCCACGUGGUGCUCCUCCCUCUUUGGCUCGUUUCGUCUUCGACGUGGCGCAGGCUAGAGUGGUUUGCUCGAACGCUGUUGCGCAGGGCAUGUGGCAGAGAGGGUUCCACUACCGCGCCCUCGUGAUGCCGAUGAUGUGCUGGGCUGGAGCCAUCGCCUCGAUCCCCAGCGACGAGGUGAUGCGGCUUUGUAACUCCAUUCUCUCGGUCACCAAUUACCGCCAUGCUUGUGACACGCCAGCAGUUGCUGUUUGGGAGGUCUUGGGCUGGGAGUGCAAUCCCAGCUUCGCGAGAAAGUGGGCAGCCCUGAGAGUGCUCGAAGAGCUGGGCUGGUGGACCUUCGACCAUGGCGCUCGCAUUUGCAGGCGCGAUGGUCUCGGCAACUUGAGGUCUUUCGUGGUCGGCGUCGAUAGCCUCUCCAUCCUCGGCGACUGGCUCCGUGACUGGCACAGGAUGGCUGCUCUGGAGUCUACUACCAGGGUGGCCUCGGCUUUGCACCGUGGCGAGGACGAGCUGGCGCGUGGUGCGCUUCUACCCGGCGUCCCUCACCGGUCCUUGGUUCUUCUGCAGGGCCACAAGACUAAGAAGGUUUACCACAGCACUGAGGAGCGCAACCUGCGGAACUCCGCUCUGGCUACUGGUACGCGUCACCUCCGUUCCCCUGGGGCGGCUCCGGUGAACCGUGCGGAGGAAAGACUCUUUGCCAGGGUCGUGCCUGAAAUGCCCCCGGCGCCUAGUGUGGUUGGGGCCGACGAGCUCACCGACGACCUCUCCGCGGCACUCGACUGCGCCCUGGCUACUGGUCUUGUCGUGGUGGGCACGGACGGCAGCGUGGUCUCCGAGGUCGCGGCGUGGGCCAUCGCCAUCCACGACGCUGGUGGCGCUGCGCGUGCUGCUGGGUGCCCUACGUCAGUGCAGGUCGUGACCAGGUCCGUCAACGACAGGGCGGAUGUGGAGGCUAGUGUGGCCAAGCGCGCGCUGAUGCCGCGCAGUGGGAAGAGGAAGGACAUCAGGGCCCACCUCGCGGACAAGCGAGGGCUCAUUUGCCGAAUGGUUGGAUUGGUCUUAAACCAGAAAGUCUGGUUCUGCCUGGGUGAUCACAACGGAGUCGCCGUCCAGCUUUUGGUGCGUGCUGCUAAGGCCACUUGGACUCACGACCUCGAAGUCCACUCGACGGCGUUGCGUUUGCACUGCUUGUGGGAGCAUCAACAUGCCGUCCUUGCUUUUGCGAUCGAUCUGUCCUCAAUCUCAGGCGUGGACCCAGCUGUGUCGGAUGGGGGUGAUGGUCUCGUUGACCUUCUGCUUCGUCAUAGCGUAGACGUGGCAUUGAUUCAGGAGCACCACAUCCCCGAGAACGGCAAGCAUCGCAUGACACGUGUUUUUCGUCAAGCAGGAUGGCACAUUUUCUGGGGACCUCAACGGUCUUGCGGCUACGGCGAGGCCGUCCUUGUACAUCGCAGAUUUUCCGCUGCCUUGCUCCAGGGCGAUUCGCGUGAGAUCUGUACUGUUGCCUUGCGCAUGGCGGGGGGUCGCAUGAUGCGGGUCGCUUCCAUCUACGCUCCGGUCCACUCCCGCGGCACUCAGGAGGCUUUCUUUGCGGAGUUGGCCUCGUGGCAGGGAAGACCUGGCCUCUGGGUCGCUGGUGGCGAUUUCAACUCCGACCUUCGCUCGAGUUCCUUGCAGUGGCCUGUCGGCGCGGUGACUGCACUCCAACACGAAGUUGUCACGCAGCAUGCUCCGGUGAUCUGUACUGUGCCGGGUGAGGUUCAUGAGGAGUUUUUGCUGGCCUGGGCGCUUCCCAAGACGCGCCUAAAACCGUGGACGCUGGACGCCAACGAGGCCUUUUUUGCUGCCCUUCGACGAAAGGAUGCUGAUUUGGCUUGGUCCAUUUGGCUGGAUUGCGCUUUUGGUCUUCGAGGCGAUGAGAGUCCGUACGUCAAGGCUCCCUGCUCGGUUGUUCCUGGUCUCGGUCGUGACCGCGGCCAAGUCCUCGCCGCCAUGGGUGUGCUUCGGCGCAUGUGUGCUUGGGGCAGUGAAUGGGGCUGGAAAACCGAGCUGCACGAGAAGUACGAGGCUGGCCAGGCGGCUCUUCAAACUCUCCUGGCUCAGCGCCGUCGCGAUGGCAUCAACGACUGGAAGGCUCGUGUUCGUGACCUUAGCUUGGCUUCUAAAUGGGUGAAGUCUGGUCCUGCGAGGCCGUUUAGGCUUCUCAACCAGGAUGGAUCAGUGGCCAUCACUCCUUCUGAGCAAGGGCGCGCGAUUAGGGCAGAGUGGCUGCCCCGGUGGACUGAGAGGAGCCCGGCUGCAGUUGCGGCUGGCGUCUCGGCUGCUGGCGCCUUUGCAGAGGCCCUGGCAGCGCGAACCUGCGAGUUUCCCAGGCCGCAGCCCUGGACUGCAGGCGACAUCCGCGCUCAGAUUCGCUCGAGUGCUGCAGGAUUGGACGGCCUUACCUUUCAGCACUACAGUGAUUUGACCGAUGUUCAUUUGGAGAGGCUCGCAGCUUUGUAUUCGGAGCUGGAUGCUGGGAUGCAGUUUCCUAGAGCCUGGCACGCUGCGCGCCUUGUCUGCAUUCCGAAGGAGUCCGGGGACGCUCGGCCUUUGACUGUCAUGCAAGUGGCGUACCGCAUCUGGGCGGCCAGAUCUGCGGCCUUGUUAGGAGGUGCGCCACCAGCCGUGCAUUCUGGGAACGAAGUGUCGUCCUUGUUGGCGGUGGCCUACCAUGAACAAAGCCAAUUGACGGGAACAUCUCUCGAUACCGAGAAAUGUUUUGAUUCGGUCAGUCUUCACAGCGUCCGAUGCCUUCUCCAUGGCGCUCACGCUCCUCAGUUCAUGUUUCGAGUCGUGGAUUUGUGGGAGCAGCUGGAGCGGCAUGUCUGGCUGCUGGAUGGUCCGACAGGCAUUACGGUUCGAGCCUCCCGCCAGCGUGGUUUGCCCCAGGGGGAUCCGCUGGCCCCUUGGGCCUUGAACUUAGUAAUGGCGACAUGGAUAUGGGCAUUGCCGACACUGGACCUUGUUCGAGUCUUCCUCGAUGACCGGUGCUUGCUUCAUCGAAGGGUUGAGGAUCUGGCCGAGGGCUUGCGCAUCACGAGAGAUUUUGACGAGGCAUUCGGUUUGACUGUUCACCCUAAGAAGUCAUGUCGUUUUUAUGUAGACGGUCCCCAAGAUGAUCCGUCGCACUACUGGUCGUGCUUGCCUUUGAAAGUCUCUGUGAAGUAUUUGGGAGUGCAGCUGGAGACUGACCCGGGAGGGUCCUUGUCCAAUGGCGAUGCUCGUGCUGAAGCUGUUAGGGCUAAGGUCGUUCGUGCUCGAUUGCUUCCUCAGACUGAGGUGCCCAGGACACUUGUCGCCUGUUACCUGCAGGGGCUUUACUCCGAGGGAGUCAUGAUGACGCAGCUGGCCUGUGCCCGCCUUACCACGUCGGUAGUGCAGGCCUUUUGGGGGCCUACACUUAACAGUCGCAACUUCAUGCGUAGUGAGGCCUAUACUCUAGGUUUACUUGCUCCUCUUCAUCGCAUGGCGCCUGUUAUAGUGCAGUGCUGGUCCACGUUUGUUGCUUUGGCUAGGCUCCUUGUUCGGAACACGUCGCUGGGUCAGGGUCUUUGGCAGGCUUGCUUUCAGGGACGUCGCUGUAUAGGUUUUGCCAGGCAGGUGAGGCAGAGUCUUCAGUUCCUGAAUUGGCAGUGGACUUCAAGGGACUCGCUCACGGAUUCCUUCGGCCAUCGUCUUCGUCUACCAGAUCUGGCGCUGAGCAACGCUAGAGGCGACAAGGCGAAGCAUGACUUCCGGGAGCGUUUACGGGCCUUCUGGUGGCAGUACUGGGACUCGUCUCGCGUUGCUCAUGGCGGCAUUUUGUCAGGUGUUGAUCGAGAGCGGUCCUUGCGUCCUCUACAAGCUCUUCGUCUUCGCAAAGGCACUUUCGGCUGGGACGGCACCGAAGCUGGAGCUCGCUAUGCGCGAUUUCUGGCGGAUGCUCUUUGGUCGCGAAAUCGCCGGAGACAUGCGGGCAAAGUCGAGUCUGGCCUGUGCUGUCGCUGUGGGGUGGAAGAUGAGCGCACUGACCACUUCCUCUGGGGCUGUGUGGCGAACCGCGAGCUGCAGAUCGUGCUUCGGAGAGACUGGGAUGAGGCCGCUGGUCCCAACAGCUGGCCGUCUGCACGGCUUCCGGAUGCUCUGACGCGGUGUCUUCGGCAGUGUGGCGUGGUCCCGCAGGUGUCUGCACAGGAG